AUGUCGCCUUACACAAGCACUGGAGGUGGGCGCGCGCCCAAUGUGUCUCGCUACCUGCGUGACCUGAACACCGUCAAGGAGCCCGGUUCCGCCGAGGAGAACUUCACGUUCGAGGAUGAUCUCGCCAUAUUCACAAACACUCAAUUUUUCGACUUCGAGACUGGCCAGCACACCGACUACCAGGCACCGCCCAAGAAGGCCGAGACCGCUACCGCCGCUGAGCCCCAGGCUCCAUCCAGCGCCGUCACCGAAGAACUGACCUCUCCCAUUGGCGACUUUGGCAACGUCGACUUUUCUCUGCCAGGCGAAUUCAACUUUCACGAUUUCACCAACCCCUACCCUGCCUCGGGCGUCCCGCCCUUCGCCGAAGGCCUGGGUAACCUUCAACCUCUCCAGCCCAACCCGCAACCCACCUACGCGGCACCUCCUGUAUCUCAGCAGCACAACCACCACUAUGCCGCUCCCACGCCCUCAGCCGCCGACACCAGAACUCCUGAGUCUUUGAACGGAGUCAGCAGGCCCGGCCACAACUUCGAGGAGCAGUCUCGCGUUGCCGCAGAGGAGGACAAGCGCAGGAGAAACACCGCCGCCAGCGCCAGGUUCCGCAUCAAGAAGAAGCAGCGUGAGCAGGCUCUCGAGAAGAGCGCCAAGGAGAUGUCGGACAAGGUCUCAGCUUUGGAAUCGCGCAUCAACCUUCUCGAAACCGAGAACCGCUGGCUCAAGAACCUCGUCAUGGAGAAGAACGAGGGCAGCGAGGACAUUGCUUCUAUGCUCAAGGAAUUCCAGAACAAGCAAACCAAGACGACCGCGACAUCUUCGGACUCUCUCAAGGCUGAGGAGGCAAAGUAG